AUGCUUGUUCUCUUUCUGCUGGGCACAGUCUUUCUGCUCUGCCCAUAUUGGGGUGAACUUCAUGACCCUAUAAAAGCGACUGAAAUAAUGUGUUAUAAAUGUAAAAAAUAUCAUCUCGGGUUAUGCUAUGGUGUCAUGACAUCCUGCUCCCUGAAGCAUAAACAGUCCUGCGCAGUUGAGAACUUUUACAUCCUUACAAGGAAAGGGCAGAGCAUGUAUCAUUAUUCAAAACUGUCAUGUAUGACCAACUGUGAGGACAUCAACUUCUUGGGGUUCACGAAGAGGGCAGAGCUCAUCUGUUGUGAUCAUAGUAACUACUGCAACCUCCCUGAGGGAGUUUAG